CACCAGAGAGUCACGCCGUAGAUAACCGUAGCUUAGAAUUGCGCCAUCGACUUUGCUGGCUUAUAAGUGUGAUCCACCCCCAUAAUCAUUCGAUUAUGUACCUACUCUGAAAUAUUUUUUUUCUUUUAUAGAUUACAUACCUCAUAUAUACCUAGGUAUAUAUCAUAUUUAUGCCCAGCCGUAUUAAUUAUAAUUUUCAUCGCAUUGCAGUUCACAAAUCUUCUAUUUCGCCUACUUAUUGAAGAUUUCCCCAGCAAUAGAACCCAAUCGUAAAUACCUCCUCCUCCUACCUGCAUAUAAAAGCGCCCUAUUCUCACAUCCAUCUUUCUCCGCACUCCAUCCGGGACGCCCCGCUCCGAGUCCGCAGCCGUCCCGAGCAAUGGGUUCUGUCUCACCCUCGUCGGCCACGGCCGCCGUGCCGUUCGACGUAAAGAAGAUAGCCGUCAUCGGCGCCGGGCCCAGCGGCUUAGCGGCAGCGAAAUAUCUGCUCGCGCAGGAUGGCGCGUUCUCGCGCAUCGACGUCUUCGAGCAGCAGGCCGAGGUAGGCGGCGUGUGGAAUUAUAGCCCCGUGCCGCGGCCCGCCGAGGCGCUGCCUGUGCCGCAGACUGAUGCGCAUCCGAAGAGGCCGGAUCCGCCGGUUUAUGUUCCUGGGGGAGAGGAGGGGAAGGUGCCGCUGUUUCCGUCGCCGAUGUACGAUGAUUUGCAUACGAAUAUCCCGCACACCCUGAUGAAGUACUCGGACUUGGCGUUCCCGGAGAGCUGCGAUAUCUUCCCGACGAGGGGAGAUGUACAGGCGUAUCUGGUUGAGUACGCGAGGGACGUGCGGCAUCUGAUUAGGUUCUCUACGCAAGUCACUGAUGUUUCGCUGCGGGGCGUUGAGGGCCAGCUGCGGGAGCGGGAGCGGGAGCAGUGGGAUGUGAGGACUACGGAUUUACUUACCAGGAAAGAAACUACGCAGACGUACGAUGCGGUGGUUGUGGCGUCGGGGCACUACUCAACGCCGUACAUCCCGGACUCGGUUGAGGGCAUUGCUGCUUUCCACGCCAAGCAUCCGGGGGUUAUAUCGCAUUCGAAGCUGUACCGCAACGCAGAGCCGUUCCGCGGGAAGAAAGUCGUUGUUGUGGGCACCGGCGCCUCGGGACUAGAUAUCGCGGCGCAAAUCCAACGCGUGUGCAAGACGCCACUGAUUCUCUCGGCGCAGACAGCAGCACCCCCUGAGACGAUUCAGCAUAUCGGAAACCCCGCACAGGCCGGACAGAUCAAGGGAUUUUUGAUCGAGGAGCGGGGUGUUGAGUUCUUCCCCCUGGACGAGGAUGAUAACGACGGCCCUGGAAAAAAGGAGAAAGGGGAGACGAAAAUCGAAACAGACAUCGACGCCAUAGUCUUCUGCACAGGAUACCUCUACACCUUCCCCUUCCUCCCCACCAUCCCCCUCGUCACCAACGGCCGCCAAGUCCACGGUCUCGCAAAACACCUCCUACACAUUGCCCACCCCACCCUGGCCUUCCCCGGCCUGCCCAUUAAAGUAAUCCCCUUCCCCCUGACCGAGUCCCAAGGCGCCGUCCUAGCACGUCUAUGGUCAAACACGCUCCCUCUCCCCCCAGCCUCCGUCCUCGAGCAAUGGGCGCGUGAAGACGGCGAGGGGACUAGCGAGGGGAAGUACCAUGUAUUUCCCAAGGGCGGGGACGGGCGGUAUAUCAACGGGCUGUACGAAUGGUUGGAGAAGGAAAGUUUAGGGGGGAAGGGGAAGGAGCCGCCGCAUUGGGACGCCGAGAUGCUCUGGCAGAGAGGCAUUUACGCCGAGGCGAAGAUGCAGUUCGAGAAGACGGGGAAGAAGGCCAAGACCCUUGAGGAGCUGGGGUUUCGGUAUGUGCCUGAGGAGGUGGAAGUGAAGAAAGCGGAGGAUGUGGAGGAGAAAGAUCCGCAUUUAGAUGUUGCCGGAUAAUCGUAUGCGCAUAUCGUUAUUUAGCUAGCGAGCUUAGAAAUGACCAGAAGACAUGAAGACCGCGGUCGGGAGAAGAAGUAUUAUGUGGUUCAAUACCAAGAUAGAUGAUGACCCAGGUCGAUAUAACAAAAUCUACUCUCAGAGAAACCGCUAUAUACAGGGUAUAAAAUAAUGUACAGUAUA